AUGUUCGAAGAGGGUAACCUCGGUCAUGAGAGAGGCAAAGCAAACGAGAAGGAAAAGAAGGAAAAAAGGGAGGAAGAGAAAAAGGGAAAAAAUGAAGCUAUCAUGGACAUGACGGGGCAAGCAGCUCAGGAAAGGCGCCCGGAUCCCAAUGAGCAAAUCAUGAGAGAUACUGGGAAGGCGAGCCGAGAAAGGCGUGGAAUGAAAGAUGGCGAGAAGAAGGACGAGAAGAAGGACGAGAAGAAAGCGGCAUAG